AUACAGGCAAGGAUGGAGCUGCCGGUGCUGGAUAAGUUCUGCUUCAUCUUCCACCUGAGGACAGGAUGCAUCACCAUGGGCAUCAUGAACUCCGUCAUAACCUUCGUGCUGGCCGUGAUCCUGAUCACCUUCGCGGUGGAUAUCAAGGCAGCAUCGGAGUCCAAGUCUGAGGAUGCUGUGUCUUCCGUGGUGUACACCAUAGUGGUGCUGAUGGUGGUGCUGCUGCUGAUCAAGUUUGUGUUGGAUAUGGUCUUCGUGUAUGCUGUUUAUAAGGAGAAGAGCAGUUUAAUGAAGAAGUACUGCAUCUUCUGGGUGGUGUUCCUGGUGCUGUUCAUCAUCGGCUUCCUCAAGAGCCUGUUCCACAUGGGCGCGGGGCACGUCAUCGCGCAGAUCCUCUUCCUAGCCGAAAAUUUCUACUACAUCGUCGUGAUUCGAAGUUAUCUGAUUUCUAUUCACGAAGACGGAAUGUUGUAAGUAUAUCCAUCUCGUUCACACUUACCCUUUAAAGAACGAGGGAGCGAGAUGGCACGACCAUGGACCAGGAGCUUGUUGAAACUGCGAGU